UACGGGAACGGGAAUAAACUGAUAUUUUUCACGAUACUUGUUCCCUAGUAGGAAAUUCUUACCAGUGUCAUUAACUAAUUUUUCCGUAAUAACGUGAUUUAGUAGGUUUAUCUAUAGUUAAUGCAUUCGAAAUCGUGCUAAUAAACAUUUUUAUGUUUCCUCUAAAACUACCUAAAUCGCCAAACAAUUUCCUUAUAAAGCUCCCUAUAAAUUCCCCCGAAAUCAAAUUCGACACUGACCUUAGCUAACUGCUAUAGCAAGUGCGAUAUAGCUGCAUAAAUGGGUAAAAUUACUAGCAAACUUGGACAUUGAAUUAUUGAAAAGUUGUCCCCACAAAAGCGACGACAUUCAUUAAAACUAAAUUGUAAAAAUAUAUCAUCAUUCUUUUUAAAAUUAUCCGAACAGCGUUAUGUUUCCCUACUUUGUAUGCGUUUAACUCUUGUGCUACGUUUUUUGGAAACGAAGAACAGACCAUUUUAGGCCGAAGGGUUUUCCACCAGGUCCUACACAAUGGCCAAUUUUCGGAAAUCUGCUCCAAUUUCGCAAAUCUCCUCUAAGGGCGAUGACAAAUUGGCGGGAUAGAUACGGGAAAAUUGUUGGACUUCGAUUAGGGGAUUUUCGCGCCGUGCAACUAAAUGACUAUGACCUGAUCAAGGCGGCAUUUUCAAAUCCGGAAUUUAAUGGACGACCUGAAUUCAAACCACUUCAUUACUUAAUGGGUGGACAGGAACAUGAACACUAACUUCUCAAGGGGACUCGUGGAGUACGAUUCGAAAUUUUACAGUGAAAAAUCUUAGCUCGCUCGGAUUCGGAAAGAAGUGCAUGGAACCUUUUCUUCAAUCGGAUAUUGAAGAAUUGGUAGACUCACUUUCAAAAGAGGUGGGAAACAGGGUCGAUUUUAAAGAUAAAUUUUACACUCCGGUUACAAACCAUCUUUGGAAUAUUUUGACGGGGGAGGAAAUUCGAGACAAGAAAUUUUGUCAGGAAACUUUAACAUAGUUGCAUAGAUCGCUAUGGCAACCGAUCGGGAGUGCGAUAUGGUUUCUACCCUGGUUGACCGAAUUAUUCCCGGGAUUAACGGGGUUAAACCGGAUAAAAAAUGUUCCUUCAAUUUUACACGAUGAAGUAAAACGACAGGCACUAAUGAAUAAAAAUAAUUCAUCAUUGUUGAAUGAUAACCUCGUGACUGCAUUUUUGAAAGAAAUUCAAAACGCAGAAGGAGACGAGGGGUCACAUUUUCAUAAAAAUAAAGGAGCUAAUCACAUGCAAGGAACGAUUAUAAACUUGUUCGUCAGCGCGGCAGAAGCAAUGACGAACACGCUAAAUUGGGCGCUUCUCUACUUGUCAUUAUAUCCCGAAAUUCAGGACAAAUUGGCGAAAGAGAUUUUAACGGUGAUUGGAUCCGACCGGUGCCCUUCGCUGGAGAACUUUGAAAAAAUGCCUUACACGAAGGCCGUCAUGCAAGAAGUCUUACGAAUUUCGAGUACUUCUCCGUUCUCCAAUUUCCAAAUGACUACUCAAGAUGUAACCUUCGAGACCUACUUUAUUCCCAAAGGCACCACCAUUAUCGCCAAUUUGUACGGAAUUCAUCACGAUCCAAAGUUCUACCCGGAACCGGAAAUAUUUAAUCCAGACCGUUUCCUGAAUGACACCAGAUCUCGUGAUGCCCCACCACCAUUUCUCCCAUUCUCAGUCGGCCUCAGAACUUGUCCAGGACAAACGUUUGCGCGAAAUGAUUUUUUUCUUGUGUUGGCCUCACUCUGUCAGAAAUUUGAGUUUCAGUGGGAUCCAAAAGUAGAGAAGCCAAGUAGUGAUUUUUUAACGGAAAAAUGCCAUGUCAUCUUUUUCAGAUUUACCCCAAAAUUUAAACUUUUGUUGGCGUGCCGAGAAAAAUUAGAUAGCGAUGAAGAGAUGUGAUAGGAGGGCUAUUAUGUAGGACCUACCAGGAAGUAAAUAUUGCGAUUUUUUUUAGUUUUUAGCUGCACAUAACUAUUAAAAUUAUUUAAAUGAUAAAAAAACUUAGUUUUAGGAAAAUUGACGCAUAAUGACAAGAAAUUUAAAUAGUAAAGGGUGAACAACUUAAAAGUGGUACACCACCUAGUCACAAUUUAUGAGAUUAGGAAUGUAAUUAAAUCAAAUGCUUGAUGAAUUUGAAUAAAAAUUUCACUACUUAUUAUCA